AUGGCGUUUGCUGGGACAAAUAUCAGUUUGUCCCAGCCGGAUAUCACGCAGAAACUAACGGAGCGCAUAGACGACCUGAAGCAAAAGAUCGCUGCUUGGGGGAAGCGGAUUCGACGAUUUUCCGAGGGGUCAAGGCGGUUCAACCAGAAUCGUCUCUUCCAGAGUGAUCAGAAGAGGCUCUAUAAAUUAUUGGAGCGACCAAAGGUAUGUGGAGCGGGCCAAGGACCGGAUCAGGCUGACAUUAUCGCAUUCUGGCGUGGCCUGUGGUCAGAGCCCGUAAACCACAGCGAGGGCCCUUGGAUGGAAGUUGUGGCGAGCCAGGGUGCGAGUGUUACGCCUAUGGACCCCAUCACCAUAACGCCAGAAGACGUGGCUGAGGCGGUCCGUAGGGCCCCGAACUGGAAAAGUCCAGGGCUCGACGGGCUGCAUCAUUACUGGCUGAAGGGCGCAAGGGGCGCGGGGGGGAUAAUAAUAAUAACCCCACCAGAAGGCUUGGUGUCGGCUGGGUCUUCUCGGACUCAGCAAGCGGCACCCGCCGCUGGUGGAGCACGUCGCAUGCGUUGGUCUAAAUCAAUGAAUGAAAACGCACUGCGGGCGUAUUUUAGGGCAAAAGGGGGAAAAACUGGAUGUUUGGCGUAUCGGGCUCGGAUGCAUCGCUUUUUUGCAGAGCUGGAGCCAUCUCUAUCCGUCACUGAGCAAAACCUGGCAGACCGAGUUAGGUACAUCCUGCGCUCCAACAUAUUUGGUGACGCCGAACUCGAGCGACUACGACGUGAGGCUAUUCCUUCAUCGAAUGGAAAUGCUACGGCUGGGAAUGCGGCGCCACUAGAUGCGCAACAAACUGCAUAUGUGGAUGCUGCCAUCAACAUUCCAUUUGUGGCUAAUUCAGACGAUGAUGGAAUAGCCUCCCACGAACUAGAGAAAAUGAGGAGCAUAUUGGAAGAGUCGAUGCUGGAAACGCGCAGCAUGCCUCUCGAAAAUCGACCGCGACUUCCCCGCAUACCCCUUAGCAAGCGAAAUCGGGCUGUCGUGCGGGCUCUUAACCCAAUGCUGGUGACCUAUUUGGAAGCCAGCCGGGACCUUUGCGAGACGGAUUCAAUUCUUUUUGGCGCCGCACUGGCAGUAUGCCGUAUUAUUGGCGCCAAACUUCCCGUGGCUGGACGUGCUACUCAAAAAAGUAGCGCCAUCCCAGCCUGGAGAAAAAGAAUUGAGGACCGUAUCGCAAAGGCAAGGGCCCUUAUCGGCAGACUGACAAGCUUCAGGUCGGGUAAUAAUAGACCGAGGAUUAUGCGCACCGUUAGGAUGGCGUUUGCUGGGACAAAUAUCAGUUUGUUCCAGCCGGAUAUCACGCAAAAACUAACGGAGCGCAUAGAUGACCUGAAGCAAAAAAUCGCUGCUUGGGGGAAGCGGAUUCGACGAUUUAGCGAGAGGUCAAGGCGGUUCAACCAGAAUCGUCUCUUCCAGAGUGAUCAGAAGAGGCUCUAUAAAUCAUUGGAGCGACCAGAGGUAUGUGGAGCGGGCCCAGGACCGGAUCAGGCUGACACUGUCGCAUUUUGGCGUGGCCUGUGGUCAGAGCCCGUAAACCACAGCGAGGGCCCUUGGAUGGAAGUUGUGGCGAGCCAGAGUGCAAGUGUUACGCCUAUGGACCCCGUCACCAUAACGCCUGAAGACGUGGCUGAGGCGGUCCGUAGGGCCCCGAACUGGAAAAGUCCGGGGCUCGACGGGCUGCAUCACUACUGGCUGAAGGGGUUCAUGGUGUGUCACUCUGUGCUCGCCCGACAGUUUCAAGAGGCUCUCAACCAGAAGUCGCUCCCAAGCCUCUUCACUACUGGGAUCACUCAUUUGGUUCCUAAAGACCAGGAAGGCUUGGUGUCGGCUGGGUCUUCUCGGACUCAGCAAGCGGCACCCGCCGCUGGUGGAGCACGUCGCAUGCGUUGGUCUAAAUCAAUGAAUGAAAACGCACUGCGGGCGUAUUUUAGGGCAAAAGGGGAAGAAACUGGAUGUUUGGCGUAUCGGGCUCGGAUGCAUCGCUUUUUUGCAGAGCUGGAGCCAUCUCUAUCCGUCACUGAGCAAAACCUGGCAGACCGAGUUAGGUACAUCCUGCGCUCCAACAUAUUUGGUGACGCCGAACUCGAGCGACUACGACGUGAGGCUAUUCCUUCAUCGAAUGGAAAUGCUACGGCUGGGAAUGCGGCGCCACUAGAUGCGCAACAAACUGCAUAUGUGGAUGCUGACAUCAACAUUCCAUUUGUGGCUAAUUCAGACGAUGAUGGAAUAGCCUCCCACGAACUAGAGAAAAUGAGGAGCAUAUUGGAAGAGUCGAUGCUGGAAACGCGCAGUAUGCCUCUCGAAAAUCGACCGCGACUUCCCCCGCAUACCCCUUAG